AAUAGUGCACGUGUGCUGGAAAGAGUCACAUUCAUGCGCGUGGACGCGUCACGCAACAUCCAGCAGCACAUCAAGAGAGCCAAAGUCGAAGAUCUUCCGGGAAUUUAUCGAGACUCACUUAAUGUGCUUUUAGCAUGGAGGGAGCUCCGUCAAAUGAAAAAUCUUGCCAGACGGAUGUCUCUCCUGGAUCUGAUCAUCCCAUCAAGACACCAGUUUACUCAACAGAACCAGGAGAUCCUCCCUUGCUCCAAACCCCGAUGCUCACCUCCAAAUCUGGCAUCCAGCAGAUCAUUGAGUGUUUCCGCACAGGUACUGCGCAGCUGAAACACAUUCUCCUGAAAGAGGUGGACACCAUCUUUGAAUGUAAACUCUGCCGCAGUCUCUUCCGUGGCCUUCCUAAUCUGAUCAAACACAGAGAAAUGUUUUGUUUCACUCAAAUGCCUGAACAUGAUGUCCUUUCUGGAGAUGGCAAGAAAAGCGUGAAAGAACUUCUUGAAGCCAUCUACCCUUACUCCAAUAAAGAGGAAUGUAUAUUAACAUUGGAGCCCAUUGCAGGCAACCAGAAUGCUGUGUAUCAAUACCUGUCCAAAGACCACAGCCUGGCAUCUUCAUUUUCAAGCCCUAAUCAUAGCAGCACUAACAGCUGGAGACACAACAGCUCUGAUAACCAAGAACUGUAUACAGUGGAGAUCCCAUUGGGAGAAGAAGAAAACGGUUAUAUACAUGAUGAAAGGGAGAACUUGGACAUGGUAGAUGCAGAAGAAAGCAAGGUGCAUCAGGAUAGUGAAGAACCUGAGGAGACAACAGAAGAAGCAGGUGAUCUCGCAUACAAAUGCAUCCUCUGCAACAGAACUUACAGAGUUCGAGGCCACCUUAAAAGACACAUGCAGGUUGUUCACAAGGUCAAGUCCUCUAGUUUGACAAGCAACUCUAAGAAGAUGACCAAUGGUAAACUUACAGACAAUCCCAAUUCAAGCCCAAGCUCCUCAUCUGACUCACAGAGCUCCAAGAAUCCCAAGGAGAACAAGGAUCCAAAAUUCACUAUAGGUUUUGACUACAAGACGUGCUUCUGCAAGCUCUGCAGACGGACAUUCAGCUCCGAGCAGAACCUGGAGAAACACAUUGAGCUGCACACAGACAACGGUACUGACUUUUUCGUGAAGUUUUACUGCUGUCCGCUCUGCCACUAUAAAACACGCCGCAAAAGAGACGUGCUACGGCAUCUCUCAGACUUCCACAAGAAGAAAUCCUCGUACUUGAGCAAGAUCUCGCAGUCGCUGGAGGACUAUUCAAUCAAGAAGCCAGCGGAUGUUGUGUUGAGCAAGGAUCUGUCCAAAGAUCGAGAUCAACAAGAGUUAAAAGCCCACUCCAAGCAUGCUUCGCCAUAUGUGACACGGAAGAAUCUGUCGAAAACAGCACUCCGCAACAAGACCUCAAAGACUGGUAAUAAGGUGCACCACAAAAAGGAGGUGAAAAAAGUGAAGCCUGACAGCCCGAAAGGGAGUGUCACUAAGAAAUCAGUGCAUGUGUGUGACGUCUGUGGGGAGAGCUUCAUGAAGACAAGGUAUCUGGGGCUGCACAAGAGAAUGCAUCUGAAAACUGCAUCCAGGAGCGCAGGAGUCAGAACAAGAUCAAAGGCCAUGCUUUGAUGUCUUCUGACCACAAACUGGACUCGCAGCAACAGCGGAAAAAAGAAAGACAAGACCCAUUAAUUAACUCACAAUCAAUUCACAAAAAAGGCUCUCGGUCACAAAUAGAGUGUAAAAAACCCUGGGAAUGUAUCUGAGAGCUUUCCCUUUGUCCUAAACACUCAUAUCAGAGAAUAUAUUAUGAAUAUUCUGUCUAUUAUCCUAUGAUUAAGGGACACUCUGGUAUAUGCAGUAAGAGAAAUAGCUAUUAUUUACUUUAUUUUUUCCUCCACCGCCAUCAAUAAGACUUGACGUUUCUGUCCAAAAAUGGCCAGACGAUUGUUCCAGGACUUCAUCGCAGUGAGUUUGGCCUCAGGCGAAGCUUCAAGACACAAAUGAUCCACAAACUCCUGCUGAAGACUGGCUAUUGACAUCCAUUGCACACAUCGGCAUUCAGUGCAGUUGUAUAGGCUACAAUCUUUUCCUGUCCAUUUCUGGGAAAGUGCUGGACACUGAAGACCACUGGAACAGUCUACUUCUGUUAUAAUACAAAAAAAAACUGGAUUUUUUAUGUUUGGAGAAAACGUGAUCUGGGGAAGAAGACAGACUGUCCUUGUUUGAACGGGAGGUGAAACACUUUCUGUCCGAUGGUUUAUUAUCGUUCUUCUUUAGUUGCAUCAACUGCAGUGCUUUAAAUACCCUGUUUUCAGUUUGAGACUCGGUUGUUUUAUUAUUUCUUCAUCCCAAAAUCCAGGUCCUUACAGGCUUUCACUCGGAGGAUUCAGUAAAUGAUUUCUCAUUGUAAUCUGGUUGUAUUCACUAACAAUAAACAGAGGAAAA